AUGGCGAACACGAACAUCAAAGCAAUCUUUUUUGACUUCAUGGGCACAUGCCUAGACUGGCAUAGCGGAACCAUCAAAGCGUUACCACAAUCUAUUCCUGAAGGGGAAAGAUCAGAGAUUGCUUUGAAAUGGCGUCACGACUAUUUUGAUUCUAAUGCCGCACGUCUUGCUGCCAAUAAGCCCGUUGAGGACAUCGAAGUUACUCUUGAAAAGACUCUCGAUGCGUUGUUGGAAACACGACCAGCUCAUAAACAUCUUUUCGAUAAAGAAACAAAAGACCGAUGUAUAGCUGCAUGGCACUCAAUGCCGGCAUGGCCAGAUGUCGCCCAAGCAAUUGAGCAGCUUAAAGCAGUAGGCUAUGAAGUAUUCGUUCAUGCUAAUGGAACCACACGACUGCAACUUGAUCUCUGCAAAUCUUCGGGUCUUUCUUUCAACAUGCUAUUCUCAAGCCAGUUACUCGGUAUCUAUAAACCUGCUUUAGAGAGCUAUGAAGAAGUGUUGCGGUUGGUGAACUUGAAGCCAGAGGAAACAGUUCUUGUUGCUGCGCACGCGUAUGAUACUCGUGGCGGAAAAGAAGCUGGGAUGAAAACUGUGUAUAUUCACAGGUGGACUGACGAUAUCAAUGAAGAUAUGGAGAUAGUCAAGGGAGAAAACGACUUCUUCUUGGAGGAUAUGACAAAUCUUGCGGCGGUUAUCAAGCAGCUAUAG